UAAAGCAUUCCCGCGCGAGUUCAAUUUCCAUCUUCUUCUCAUCUAAAAAUUGUCGAAACUUUCCGAAGAAAAAACCUAAUGUAAACCAAUUUCUCUUUCGAAAUCUCUACAGAAUUUAUCAAACGAUCAUGGCUUCUUCUCCAGAAUUCCGUGGAACAACAACCCCCAACAGCUGCGGCGCUUCAGUUUCUCACUUCCAGAAAACAGUUCGCUUGCUCGAUUGGUGGUUAACCAGAGCUGAAAGUAACUCCAAUGGGAAAACCCUAGCCGUUGCCGGCUUAACAUCCACACCGGGACAACCUGUUCGAGUAUUUUCUUCUGCUCCCAUCGUUAAGAGACACGAUGUUUUCACUCUGGAGACUGCUGAUGGAAUCUGUGUUGUUCUCAAGGGUUUCAUAAACAAACUGCGUACAACUGAUAAUGGGUUCACGCCUCAGGUUUUCAAGCAUUUUUUGUUUGGGUUUCCUCCCAACUGGGAAACUCAUGCAGCUAAUUGCUUUGAGGGAGGAGCUUCUGAUAGUACUGCUCCUGGGGGAAAUGUUUCUCAUAAAGAUAAUUUGCCCUGUACAUCAAAAAGUGUUACUGAUGCCGACAUGAACAACGGUACACUUACCAAUAUGAAUUCUCCAUUGCGUGAGAUUUCUCCAAGUAAUGGAUUGGAUCAUGGAGAUUCUAUGGCCGAAGAAACAAUGCAGACUACUAGUGCAACUGAAACUCCAGUACCAUUCACGGGUGCUAACGUUCAAGAUGAAGAAGUUGACAACAAAGGAAAAAAAGAGACAGAAUCGCGGAAGAAGGUCAAGAAGAAAAUUAUUUUUUAUUCACCUGGAAGUAGUGUUAGUAUGAAUACAAGAGGAAGGAAGGAGUGUCUAAUAUCUCCAGAAUGUAGGAGUUAUGGGCGAUCCCGAUCAGGGCGAGUCCUUCUGCCGACAAUGGAGUUUUGGCGCAACCAAUUACCUGUUUACGACUCGGAUCGAAAGUUAAGAGGAAUACGUGAAGAUCAGCAGGACAAAAAACAACAAUCACAACCAAGAGGCAGGAAGAGCACAGGUGAAAAGAAAGCGAAAAGAUAGUUAAAGUGAGAAUGUGAUCAUGGUAUCAAAUAUAGGUUUCUACUUAUUCCCAAACUUUGAAGUCCAAACCAAAUGUAUAAUUGUGUUUAUAUUUUUGUACGUUUUGCCCCUUGUAGUUUGUUUUGAGCAUUUGCACCUAUGUACUAGUCUCAUAAUAACUUAAUCUACCUAAUUAAUCAUCGAUACACGUCCAUCUUCUUUCUCA